AUGAAGUCCGCGACUUUCAAACUCCGCUCCCGGGGCGCCGAGGCCUCCAAACGCUUCUCCCUGACCUACAAGAACGUCCACCAGCUCUUCGAAAACCUCAAGGAAAAGCUGAAGUCCCUAGGCGAGAAGCGAACUUCGCUCUACUGGAUCGACGACGAAAACGACGUCAUCCUCCUGAAAACUGUUGAAGACCUGAGAGAAGCCCUGCACUUGGCCAAAAGCUCCGCGAUCCGUCUUCUUUCUGGAGACGUCCUGAAAGCUUUGACUGAAGACGAGAGAGAUGUCGUGAGUCUCGACGGCAAGUCUUCGGAUUCUUCUGAGUCGGAAGAGCCGUCGCGUGGACGUCCGAAAGAGAGGAGAGGCAGAAGACGUGGCUCUUCUUCCUCUUCUUCUUCUUCUUCCUCGUCGUCGUCUUCGCGGAGCAGCUCGCGUGGCUCUUCUCGCGAAGUUUCGAGGAAAAGUCUUCCGCCUCCGCCGCCGUUCUGUUCGGUCUGUAUGCCGCCACCGCCGCCUUUUCCGGAAUGCCAUCAUCGAGAUCAUCACGGCGGCAGGGGACAUUGCAAACCUCACGGUCAUGGAGGUUUGAUCUCAUUUCAAAAAGUAUUGAAAAAGAAAAUUUUACUACGAAAAAAAUAAAUGAAUCGGAAUACGAAAAUCUCUGAAGUCAUCUUACGGAAAUGAUGAGCUUGCAUGUUUUUUUGGACUCGAGUAUUUUUUUCUAUAUUUUUUUAGAGUAGCUUUUCACGCGCUCAAAUUCGAGUUUUGGGAAACGAUCGUAAGUCUUUUACCGCUAAAAAAUGAGUAAAAAAAUUCUAAAUAUAAAAUAGAAAAAUAGAAGAUUAUUGUUAUUCAGGCCAUGGACAUCAUCAUCAUCACGGUCACGAUCACGGAGGUUUGUGAAUAAUUUUCUUUUCAAUUUUCUUAUCAAUAAAGCAAGUCCAAUGGCCAUCUUUUAUGUCAUGUUCGAAGAAAUACCGCGAAAUUCAAAAUAGCCAUCAAAGAUUGUUAAAAACAACUAAACUUUGGAGAGUCAGAGAUAAUUUUGCGUUUUGCGAAAAUUACCUUGAUCAAGGUACCAGUAAUAGAGUUAUUUCGAAAUACCUGUCAAAUUAUUUAAAUUUCGGUUUUUAGGACACGGACAUCAUGGACACCACGGUCAUGGGCAUGGAAGUAAGAUUUUUAUUUUGGCUAGACUGUAGAAAAAAAGUUCUUUUAUUUUCAACUGAUGUAGUUUCUGAGAAAUGAAUAUUUUUUUUCAUAAGGAAUUUCGGAAAGAUCCAAAUUAUCCCUUGUUGUUAUUUAUUAUAUUCAUUUUCACUCCUCGAUCUUUUUUCAGAACAUUGUCAUCAUCACGGCCAUCAUGGACACGGCGGUCAUGGACAUAGAGGUUCGAAAAUGAGAUUUUUGAGAAGCUUUUUCCAAAAAAAAUUCGCGCGAAUUGGUGCUAACGCUUCUAAGUUUAAUAGCGAAUAAAUUUUCGCUAAUUUCGUCCCUUUUUUUGAUUAGAAUACAAAUUUCUAUGCGAUUCUGUAAAAUAAGUGGACUGUCAUUAGGACAAAUUCUUGUAAUGAAUAGAUGAUAAAAAAAGCGAAAAAAAUUUUUUUUAGGACAUGGUGGUCACUGUUGUCCUGGACAUCACGGCCAUCACGGUCAUCAUGGAGGUUCGCAUUAUUAUUAAUUGAUUAUUGUUAAUUAUUAAUUGAUGAUAUAUAUCACCUGCUGAAAAUAUUGUUCCGUAAACUUCUUCAAACAAUUACUUCCCCGAUUCAAAUUGAUUUCUCAAUUUACAGGACAUGGAGGACAUGGGCAUCAUGGCGGUCACGGACGUGGAGGUUUCUGUUGAUUUUAUAACGCAAAAAAAGGCUGUAUAAAUUUUUUGUAGUUUGACCGAUAUUUUCAAAAUAAACUGAAACUUCACUGGCCAGAAAAAGUUUCAAUUUUAAAGAGAACAUAUAAUUUUUCAGUUCUAGUCUUUAGUGGUCAGUUCUCCAACUGGAAACUUGAGUAUUCUUUUUUGAAAGCGUUUUCGCUUCUUCUCAUUUUGUUUUUAUGAUUUUUUCACCUAAUAAUUCUGAUCAAUGAAAUAAAGCUGUGACAUCUUGAAACUGAAUAUUUAAGAAAUUAUGAACAAUUAUAAUGACUUCAAAGUGAUUUCGCGAAAUUCAAAAUAGCUGUCACAGACUGAGAAUGACAACUAGCUUAUCGCGGAAAUUUCUUCGAAAACGGCAUAAGAAAAGGCUUUCGAGGAAGAAAAAAACUGAAAUUAUAGUCUGUGUGCCACGACUUGAAAUUUCACGGAACGACAUUCCGCUGUUCCGUUGCGUGCGUUCGCGAAGCGUCUUUCGAAUUCAAGUCACGCUUUCAAUUGAUUGUUAUUUUUGUGGGAGCACAUGAAAAUAGACUUUGUGAAAGAAAAAAAAAGCGCGAUCACGGUUUCGAAAUGGCGCGCGGCACAGCGGAAUGUCGUUUGGUGAAAUUCCAAGUCGUGGUACGCAGGCUAUACUUUGAUUCGUUGAAUUUUAUUUGCGAGAAAGAUUAUUUUUGAUUUUUCUGGUACACUUUCUUUUUGAAGCUUCAUAUUAAUCCAUAAAUUAACUUGAUUCACAGGACACGGCGGCCACCAUCACCACCACCACCAUUUCCCGCCUUUUUCCGUGGAAUAACUAA